CAACUAACUGCCUCCUUCCACCUCGGGCCAACGCCAUGGAAGUGUACGUGGACAACAUUUUCAACAGUCACAUCUAUAUGUUUAAACAUAUCAACCUACCUACUUGUUAUACGAGUUUCGCAUUUUCAAAAGAUGCUGAAUAAUACGUUAACAUGAGUGAAAAUGUAACUUGUGAAUAGCCUCCACAAAUUUUUUCGAUCAAAAGGAAAUGCGUUAAAAUGUAGUUUUCGAGUUUGUUGAAAUUGUUUUAAAAAUUAUUUAUCUAUUAGUCUUAGUUAAUUAAAUUUUUUUAUGUACUCAAAAUAUUCUGCAUAAAUUUAUUCUUUUGUGAUACUAGUGUUACGUGUAGCUGUUUUUCCUUUUUUUAUCGAUAAUGGCUAGCUGGAUUAACUUAACGAAAAGUGCUCCGGAUGAAAAGCAGCACAAAAGUGUGAUAGUGGCGUACAUUUUGUGGUUGUUUGGUGGUAUUUUCGGACUUCAUUUGUUUUAUCUUGAACGAGAUGCUCACGCUUUCCUUACGUGGAGCACUCUGGGAGGUUACUGCUUGGGGUGGUUGGCCGAUGUCACCAAGAUUCCCAGAUACGUCAGGGAUGCCAACGAAGAUCCCGAGUUCAUCGAGGAAUUUAUUUUGAAACUCAGAAAGGAAAAGAAGCCCCCAUUUUCAUCCAGCAGAUUUAUAUCUGCCAUUAUGGUUGCUUACUCAUGGGCCCAAUUGGUCAUGGUGGCAAUACCGGAAGAUGAUGUUGGUGGUGUUAAUUGGAGUUUUCUUCACUGGCUAAUUCCGUUAGGAGCUGCCUUAGGUGUUUGGGUGGUAGGGAACAUAGGAAGAGAAAAGGGGAACAUCGUUUGGGCCCUCGUGUUUGCCUACGUAGGGUAUUUUUUACGAUGGUACAUAUUUGACGAAAGCGUCUGGUGCACUUGCAUGGUAGUAUUUUCAGCUCUAGCAUUCGACCAAUUUUCAAAAGAUUGGAGAAGAACGCCACGAAAAAAGAAGCCAUUAUAUAAAAGAAUUCUAGUCCUUUGCUUGUGUGGUUCAAUCUACCUGUCCCUCUGGGGAUCGUACUUGUAUUUUAAUGGCAAAGUGACCGACUCAAACGGCGAUGAAAUACCUAUAAGUGAAGCCAUUCACCACCUCUUCACUUCACCCUGGUGGACCGACCUUAAAAGAUCCCUGUACGACACUUAUCAAUUUGCUCAGCAUAAUGGAUGGUACGAAGUAUGGAAACAAAUUAUCGAUUUAUUCGAUCCUCAAGGUGAACAAAAUUCAUAUAAAGUUUUGGGACUGUCGCCGACAGCAUCCCAAUCUGAAAUAACCGCAAGAUGGCGUCAUUUAAGCCGCGAAUGGCAUCCUGACAAAGUUAAGGAUCCCACACAACAAAGGAUAGCACAGGAAAAGUUCAUGGAAAUACAACAAGCUUACGAAAUCCUUUCCAAUCUAAAGUCAAAACGCAGGAGAAAAAACAAAAAGUCAGUCGAAUUAUAGGAUAUUUAUUUUAUGUACAUAUAAGACCAAAUAAUCUAUUUUAUAAAUUUACUUUAUUGAAUUUUAUAAUUUAUCCUUUAAAUAAAUUAUUUUGAAAAGGGUUGCGCACUAUAUCUAAUCAAUAAAGCUACAUGCUCGCAAGACA